AUGCCUUCCGACCAAGACUUUACAACGGAAGCUGAAGACUGGAAGAAAAAAGGCAAUGCGGCCUUUGGGAAGUCAGAUCUAGAUACUGCGAUUCAAGCGUACUCUCAAGGUCUCGUACAGGUUGACCGAGUGGUCGCAACUCCUUUCCUCCUAAAAACGACGCUUUUGUCGAAUCGAGCAGCUUGUUAUCUCAAGCAAGGAAAAGUAGAGGAGUGCAAGGAUGAUUGCGACUCUGCUCUCAAGAUUUUGGAGAACGAAAAUGAUACCAAGCUUAGAGGGAAGCUCUUGUACCGACGCGCCAAGUCUUUGUUCAUGAGGGCAAAUAUGCCGCAUCGAAAACAAGACGACGACCUGCAAUUGGCGGCCAAGGAUCUGCUCUCGUUGAUUUCUUUCGACGCUACUAACAAGGAUGCGACUGUACUGUUGAACACAAUCCGGGCGCAGCAUGCUACAGAGACCAAGAAUAAUGCCAAGACCCCUCUUUCCAAGACACUUGAAGCCAUCAAGAAAAAAGAUAACAAGAUGGUCCACAAUUUGAAAGUCCUUCUUGGAAUGCUUUCGAAUGACAAUGUUUUGGCGAGCAUGGAACUAGGAAGACUAUCUGGUGUGUCAACAUUACUAGAAGUCGCUGCCGAUGAAUCUCUCGAAGCCAAGGCACGAUACCUCUCGCUUCAGUGUUUGUCGUGCGCCGGCUCCCAUCCACCAUUCUGCCGAAAAUUCAUGACGGAAGGCGAAGUGCAAACAAAACUAUCAGAAACAAUGAUCAAGGCUGCUGCAGAAGAAACAACAUAUGAUGUAACAAUCGGAUGCCUAACUGUCUACUUGCGACUAAUUUUGCAUUUGGACCGUGACCACCCCGACGAAGAAAUUAACAGCUCCACCCUGUUAAUUGACGAUGCCAUAAUUCCUGGCCUUGUGGAGGCGUUGUCUACAAAUGAUAUUGCCGUAAUCCGCGUGACCAUCGAUGUGAUUGCUACCUGGCUUGCUGGAAAGGACCUUGUUAAUGUUAUCCGGGCAUCAUUGGACACUUUCGUGGAUCCAACCGUGCCCGUCGAAGUGUCAAAAUAUGAAAUGCAAACUAUGAAACCACAGGCAUUGUCAAGAUAUAAGCAAAGGAAGUAUAAGACCACAAAAAGAAACGAGAAAUGGGCCUUCGAUCGCUCGGAGGCCUUCUGCAAGGCUGGGGGCUUGGAAACACUUUUGAAAUGCGCUCUAGGUUGCGAAGACGUCAAUUUCAGAAGGGAAAUCACAGUUGUCUUGGCAAAGGUCAUUACGGUGCUUGAAGACGAAGACAAGAGGAAAGAGGUUGUAAAAGACUAUUUCCAUGUGACACCUCCGAAGAAAGAGCCGGAAGAUGAAAAGAAAGAAGAAGAAAGGCUAGGGCCAGUCAUCGAAGAGAUCACUGAAGACGAAGAGGAAGGGAAGGUAGUCGAUGUGCAAGAAGAAAAGGAAGAGGAAGAAGAUGUGGUAGAAGAGAAGGAGGUCACACCCAUGCUGAUGAUGCAGAGGGCCGAGCUUGCAACGGUAUUUCUCAUGGUCGAACCAGAGAUUGGGGGAUGGAGUAUUGGUCGUGGUUGGCCUGGUUGCGAGGACCACCUCAUCAGAUGUGCUCAAUCCAAUAACAAGCUGGCACAAGUUUUGGUUGCAGAGCUCUUGGCCGCUGCUGCAUCUAUCAAAACAUGCCGUCCAACUGUCGCUACCUGGAUUGGUACCACCGACAUUAAGUUGUUGGUAGCGCACAGCGACCGUGAUAUUCGAACUGCUGCCGCAUCUGCAGUAGCCAAGCUCGGUCUAGGGGAAGAAAAAACACAAGAUAUCGAUAUCAUUUCUUUGUUAGAGGCUGCCUGCUACAUGUUGGAGGAUGACGGAAGCAACGAUACAAAGAAAGUAGAAAAAUUGGAUGUCAAUAUUCCUACAGCGAAAUCCGGCGCCACUACAUCAGUUGAAAGAGGUGUGGAGGUUAUGGCAUAUCUGUCGUCGAGAACAAUCGUCAAAGAAGAGCUCGCACAUGGAUUCCAAGCAACACCAGACUCCGCCCAUACAGGCUUGGAAUUGAUGGUCAAGGCGGCCGAUAUGCCAAGUGCAGGUGAAGCUCUUUUUGCAUUCGGGCUUGCUUCUACAUUCCAGAUGAUGGCUGUCACCCCUCUAACGUUGAGAAAGGAAGCGUUCGAAGGAAAACAAAUGACGAUGGAACAGUACGACGAGAUCAAAGCUAUGCAAAAGACAGAAGAAGAAAAGGAGCUUGACACCAGUGAAGACGAACUGAAAGAAGAUAAUGCUGACCAAUGCGCAAAGAGAAUUCAGUUGAUGGCCAAGGCAAACGUUCCACGGGCUUUCGUACAAUUGACAGAAGGAGCAAGUGAACAGACCUUGGAUCAAGUAAUUCUUGGGCUAAAUCGAAUGGCGAACGAGCCAUCAGUUAGAGGGACGAUGAUCCAACAAGGAGUUUUGAGCCGUAUGAUCAAGAUCGAAAAGGAAGAGAAAGCUCCUUCCGAGCUUCGCAAAAAGAUCGUCCGAAUGAUUUGGCACUGUAUUGCGAAAAUGCUGGUCACAACAAACCCGGGACUUCUCACCUCCGCCCAGAAGAUGGGUUCCAUCAAACCGUUGAUCCAGCUGGUCCGCGAUGUCCACUCUACAGAUUUCCAAAAGUUUGAGGCAUUGCUGGCGCUGACGAAUCUCGCGGCUUCGGGUGACGACACGAAGAAUAAAAUUGCUGCCGAAAAGGGAAUUCCAGCUUUCAAAUUUGCAAUGUUUGCAGAUCACGAGUUGGUCAAGAAAGCUGCUACUGAAUGUUUAUGCAACAUGGUCCCGAAUGAAAAGUUCAUGGAAACUCUAAGAGAUGUGGAAGAGUUGCGUUUGUGGCUUGCAUUGGCCGAUGACUUUGAAGAGAACUACGAAUGCGCCCGCGCCGCUGCUGGCUGUUUGGCAAUGGCAACUGCGGAUCCUGGAGUUGCAAACACAUUGGUUUCGAUAAAGAACUUCAAAGAAAGAAUGGACUCCGUCCUUGGGAGUGGUUCAUUGGAAAUUAUGCACAGAAUACUCGUCGUUGUGCAAAACUUAACCGAACACGGCGGUGAACUACGACAAAAAGCAGUUGAACAUGGACUGGUAGCAUUUGCAGAAGCGUAUGCUGAUUCGUAUCAUGACGGCUCGAAAGCGGCCGAGCUGGAGCUCGCUGAACAGGACUUGGCUGUCAUGCAUUCAACAAUUGAGAUUUCUAAGGAGAUUGUUCGUAAUUGCCAGAGUUCAAUAAGCCAAUAG